AUGCCUAGCGACUCGUCAAUGUGUUGUGCUAUGAUAGCUUUCGUAUUUUGUCUCUUCAUAGAGGUCCUGGGGACGUAUAUAAUAUUUGAUAGUGUAUUUUCGCUACAUAACGGACUGAAUCAACUUCCAACACAAAUAAAUAUGACAUCUAAAGAUGUUGGCAAUUUUCUAUCAGCAUUUGGUGAAAAUCUUUAUUGUAAAUUCGACAACGAUGAACGACUACUGCGUGCUGAAACGAAUCAAACCAUAGCCAAAAUCAAAAGUUUGGCGCAGUCACUGUGUUCUCAACUUGACACGAGCCUCAUUGACUCCCUAGUUGAGAAAGAGCAGGUAUUGCGAACAAACUUGAGUAAAUGGAAAAAAUCUCUGGAAGGGAGUGACGUGAAUGUAGGAAGUGAAUUAAGUACAGUUGAGCAAGCAUUGGACAAGUGCGCAGCCAUGAAACAUGAUCUAAAAGAAACGCGCACUGCCUUGGCUGACUUACGUAAUGAAAUCAAGUCUUCUUUCAAUGAGACUGAUAAACAUCAAAAAGCAAUUGUGUCUGAGCUGUCGUUGUACAAAGACAUUAUUGAUGGGGUGAGUGUUGUUGAGUUUAUUACUUAGUA